AAACAAUCUAAAUUACAAAAUGAAUGAUAAUAAUCAUGAAACAUUCUUUUAUAAUAGAGCUUAAAAAAGAAGAAUACAUGAACAAGAUUAUGCACUCAAAGUUAUCUCACAUACAAAAGUUGAUAAAGAGACUAUUCAAUUAAGUGAAUCAUUAUUUAACGCUAAAAUUACUGCAAAAUAAUCAUCUUGUAUCAUUAGAGAUAUCUAAAGAAGCGUUUAAUAGAAAAUCAAAUUUUAUGAUGAAUAUUUGAAAAGCAAUGAUUCCUUCAGAAAAUUAACAGAUAGAAAAAGUUUAAGUCCAGACAUUAUCAAACCUUAAAUAAUCCAAACAUAAUCAUAAUCUAAAAAUUAGCUAUUAUCUGAAUAAUAAAUCAUUGAUUAACAUAGUCCUAUCAAAAAUAAUUAAUAAAUAAUGUAAACUUCAAUCAAAAGUUCCAAUCUAAAAGAAUAAUCUCAAAAAUCUUAGAAAUAAUAUACAUAAAGUACUUCUCCAACAAAAUAGCAACCAAAUUCUUAAAGAAAAAGAACAGCACAUAAUUCAUCUCCUUAAAUUAAGCAAAAAAGUAACUCCUAAUAUAUUCAAUAAAAAGAGAGAUAAAGUUGCUACUUAAAACUAUAGGAAAGGGAAUCAUAAAAGGAAUAUGAGGAUACAUUAACUACUAAUAGACCCCUGACUGCUAAAGUGGCUGCAAUCGCUGAACGAAAUCAAGAAUGGAAACAAAAACUAAAAAAUAAAAUGGAUAACGAAUAAAAAAAAAAAUAACAAAAAGAAAUGGUUGAUUGUACUUUCAAACCAAGAAUUAAUAAUUUAAGAAAUUCUAAAAAAUACUAAAAAAGUGUUAGUAAAGAAUUUUAGACAGAGAUUAAAGAAUUGAUGCAUCUUAUUGAUAAUCAAAGUUCAAUCAAAAGUAAGUAAUGA